UGCGCUUCCUGAGUGAAAACACAUUUACACAUCCUUUCCUGAACAUAAUGUGCAUGCGAACACUAACGUUCAUAUUUCUCACAGGACUAUAUUCAUUGCGAAUAGCCCACUCAGCAGCUCCCUGAUUUGCUACAACUGGUAGAGGACGACCUUUUGCUGUGUAGGAAGCAUGAAGUUCGAGAACAUCAUCUCUGACAUCGGCGGAUUCGGGAAGUUCCAGAAGAUGAUCGUCGCCAUCAGCUUCAUGAGCCGCUUCACGCUGCCUUGCCACUUCCUGCUCAACAACUUCAUCGCCGCCGUCCCUGCGCACCACUGCCGCAUCGCCACUUUAGAUGAUGGAGGUGCCUUCGGGAAUCUGUCCCUGGAAGACAGACUCACCGUCAGCAUCCCACUGGAGGAAGACGGAACUCGGAGUUCGUGUAGGAUGUUUUCCAAGCCACAAUAUCAACUGCUGUUGAACAAGUCGGAUGUCACUCAGGACCCCACCUCGCCCUGUGUUGAUGGAUGGGUAUACGAUAACACGACCUUCAAAUCUACGAUGACAGCCGAGUGGGACUUGGUGUGUGAUAAAAGAAGUAGAACCCGAGCCACGGCAACCAUCUUCUUCAUUGGCGUGAUGUUUGGAGCCUUGGCCUUUGGAAUUCUGAGUGACAGAUUUGGUCGAAGGAUCAUGCUGCUGACAUCCUAUCUUUCUGGAAUGCUGUUUGCUCUCACCAGUGCUUUUGCCACGUCCUUCCUGAUGUUUGCAGUGCUGAGAUUCCUUACCGGCCUUUGCAUGACUGGCAUUGUCAUCGUCUCUGCUGUUCUCUGUGUGGAGUGGGUGGACAUUGAGCACAGGAAGCUGGUUGGACUUAUCGAUAGCUUUUCCUGGACAUUUGGGAGUAUUUGCUUCGUAGCCUUUGCUUACCUUGUGACGGACUGGAGGUGGCUGACCAUCAGUGUCACUUUGCCCGUCAUCUUGGGUAUCAUCUCAUGGAGGUGGAUGCCAGAGUCAGCGCGAUGGCUCAUUGCCAACGGAAAGCUCGAGGAAGCUCACUUGUGCCUCGUAAAAUGUGCCAAAAUGAAUGGAACCGAGACAUUAUUUCAAAGUGUUCAACCUGAGACGCUUUCAUCCAUUGUGGUGACGGAAAAGAAAGGACGAGUGUAUUCCUACCUCGACUUGAUGAGAACACCUAAAAUGAGAAGAUUGUCCUUACGUACUGGUGUACUUUGGUUAAGUGUGGCAAUCGCUUUUUACGGCAUCACCUUCAACAUCAGCGGCUUUGGGCUUAAUGCUUACCUCACUCAACUGCUGUACUCCUCAGCUGAAGUGCCAGGCAAAUUGUCCGUUUACUUCUUACUGGAUAGGAUUGGCAGGAAGCGCACACAGGUGGGAAUGCUGACGAUGCUCACAAUCUCUCUUGGCAUCAAUAUUGUGGUACCAAAAGAAAUGGCUACCAUGAGAACAGUGGUGGCAAUCAUCGGAAAGGUCUUUGCUUCAGGAUCCUUUGCAACUACUGUGCUCUACUGUUCUGAACUGUUUCCGACUGUAGUCAGACAGAACGGGAUGGGCUACAACUCCUCCAUGGCCCGAAUCGGCGUGGCUAUCGCUCCCCUGAUCCUUUUACUUGAUGAAUCGUGGAAGCAGCUCCCCCAGCUCAUCUUGUGCUCCUCUGCUGUGUUGGCGGCAAUCAUAGCAUCAACGCUGAGGGAGACAAGGGCAAAGUGCCUGCCGGAAACUAUUGAGGAUGUUGAAGGGAUGCUAUAGGCCAGAGGAUCAUGGCUGUUGGGGGUUCUACCUGUUAUGUUGUCUCUGAGUAUGAUUUGAUUCGAGUUGUGAAGAUGGCAAGUUCCUUUGCAGUCUCUCGUUUUACUUUCAGGGUAACUACGACAAGAGAACGCUGAUGUUUUCUGGCUACAACUAGGAUAUGAAUACGAUUAAUUAUAGUGGAUUUAUAAUGUUUCAAAAAUUUUCCUUGUCACAUUUAAAUCGUUGAAUGUCAUGACAAAGGUAUAGACAUUUUUUUUUUUUUGGUCAGUUUCUUUGUUCAGAUCCUUUUUUAACAACUGCACAGCAGUCAGUGUAUUUCUCAAGCACAAACAGCAAAACCCAGUGAAUAACCUGCAAAAGCAUUUCAUGGAUGGACGAUUCCUCAAAAGCAAGUAUUCAUGGGAAUAAAACUGCCAGGAAUUUCAAUUGUUUGUCUGGAAAAUACUAAAUUUGGAAUUUGAAUUUUUCUUGUUUUCCAUUUGUGGUUGGGAUGGUUUGAAUCAGUCAAGAAACUGGUAUUGAGAAGUACUAAAUGAGUAAAAUCCCUUACCUUGGGGUUUUAGUUAGGAAUAGCGGGAUUUAAAAAACAACAAUGGUACUGUAUUUUCACUUGCUGUAGAAGAGGAAGACAACAGGGAGAAGUAAAUAACCCAAGAAGGGAAUGAUGUACAGUUGAUCUCUAAGGUGCGCCUUCGCCUCAUAUUUCUGAAUGCAUUUGCUCCUGAAUUGCGCCUGAGUCUCCUCUAGGUGGCGCUCGCUUACCUUACAGUAGCUUGGUUUCUGGUUCCGCUCUAGUUGGAAGAAAGUCCUCUAGCUUGCAUUCUUUCAAGCUCCUCCCAUAGGUGGAUGAUGUCCACGUGCUCCUCCACCUUGACGCACAAACCUGCAAUUUUAAGUCAGGGAACAACUCUCACACAAAUUUCUGUCUGUAUGUUUGACCUUCAAUCAAUGUAUGCACAUAUUGAACACAGUCAAUUACAUUUCAUCUGAAGCAAUAAAAGAUACAAAACAAUGUUCAUGUUUUUAACUAUUUUGAAUGAAAACCUUUCUUUUUAACAAAACGGCAUAUUUAACAGUUAAUGAUGUUGAUCGGUAUUUCACGUUUUGAACGGAUUCGAUCCAAAUCAUGUUCAUCAAUCAAUAUAUCGAUCCAGAUA